AUGGUGGGCGCCGCUCGCAGGCCCGGGGCCGCCGCCGCCGCCGCCGCCGCCGCCGCCGCCGCCGAGGGUCCGCGCGAGGCCCGAGCCCAGGCAGGGGCUGGAGCGGGAGCUGCUGAGGCCGGAGCGCCGACGCCGCUGGGGCCGGAGCUGCCGCUGCUCGCCCGCCCGCCGCCUACCCGCGCCGCUGCCCGGGCCCCAUGGCACACCCGCGCACACUCGCCUCCCCUCCCCCUCCCCGCACGCGCGCGCGCGCUCGCGGACGCGCGCCGGGCCUCCCUUCAGCUCGCGCGGCCCAGGAGGCCGCCGAGGCCGAUGCUGCGGAGGCGAAUCCGGCCGGGCCUAGCGCGGCUGUGGCGGCCGACGAGGCCGAGGCUGCGGGGCGAGGGGACGGAGCAGAAAGGCAGCGGCGAGCGCGAGCGCCGGCAGGGACGACCCCCUCAGUGCCCCUCGCCCGCGCAGACAAUGAGCACAGCCGCCGCCGCCGCGUCCGAGAGAGGGAGGACAGCUCGCGCAGCCCGCACCGCCCUCCUGUCCAUCAACGCCCCGCCGCCCAAUCGGUGGCUCGCCAUCGCGGCCCUGCAGCCAAUCGGAAAGCCCCGAGCCGCCCCGGGGGGCGGGACCCUGGCUGGUGACGUCAUUGCGGCUAGCAACCGAGGGGCAGGGUUGCGAAUUCACUUAGCUACCCGAAGAAUUUAUGCCUUCUGA